AUGGACCAAACAUCUUUUAAUUUAUAUUUGGCUCAAUUUCCAAAAGAGUCUCAUAAGAGUAUAACAUUUUUUGUGGACAUAUUGAUGAAUAAUAUUUAUCCAUUAUUACGGAGAAUUAGUGAUAAACUACACAGUAUAAAUGAUGAUAUUUUGGAUGAACACACAGUAAAUAUUCGCAAUGUUUACACGUUGUGCUCGGAUCAAAUAAGGAAAUGUUUCAUAACAUUGUUGGAAGUAAUUAAAUUGGAGCAUAAAGAAAAUGUUAGCUUACAGGAAAGUCGCCAAUGCACAUUAGAAAGGCUUUCUUGGUGCUAUCAGAAGUUAUUAUCAGUUGAGGAAGUGGUAAAUUCCACUUUAGGUAAUGAAAUAGAUUCAUUAGAUAACUCUUUAUUAGUAUCACCGAUGUAUUUUGUUAAUUGGAUUGAUCAAACAUUUGAUAUUUUAAGUAAAUUAUGUAAUAUUGUAUAUAGGAAUAAUAUUAAAGAAAGCGAUCAAGUUUUCAAUCAAUGGCGAAUUGAACUAGUUGAAUGUGUGCAAGCUCUACAUACAUCCAUAGAUGAACUGUUGUUAUCAGCAAUGACUUUGUGCAGGCAUUGCUUGCAUUCUGACCAACAUAUUGUAAAAGCCCGCUGUCAAGUGGUUUUAAGGGAAACAAAAGCAUUACUGAGUGAUAUAAUAGAUGGUGACCUAGACUCGGUUCCCGCAACAACUGAAACAUUGAAACUACCAAUAAUGCCAUCAAUUGUCAAUCUCUUAAUAGAUGUUCUCAAAGAUGUUUUAUAUGCCCUAGAAACAAACACAAAUACUGCUUUGUUGGCGUUAGUAGUUCAUUGUUUUAGUAGGAGUAUGUCACCAGCACUUAUGUUAAGGAAACAUUUUGAAAAUGCUAAAGGGAUAUGUACAUGUACUGGUGGUAAAGAAGACAUUGAAAAAUGUAUGUUUGUAAAGGAGUUUGAUUUACACAAUGAAAGGCUAUUGCAGAUAGGAUCUUUUGCCAUGUCAUGUUCUUCUGAUCAGAAAAGAGUGUUGUCUUUACAUAGUGCUUUAGCCAGUUUGGAAGCAUUAGAUCCUCACUUGGUGCCUGCGGUUAUGCUCUCACCACACAGUCACCAUACUUCAUUGUUAAUAAACAUAUGGAAUCAAGAAGUCAAUCAAAUAAGAGAUAAUGUGUUCCUAAUUGUGGAUCCAGCAGCGUUUGCAGAUAAAGCUCAACAAAUGAUGCAUCAGAAGUUACUGGAAAUAACAAAAGAAAAUGUCUAUGAGAACGACAAAGUGUGUGCAGUAAUCAAUAUGGGCACAAUUGUGUAUGAUUUUUUCAGUGUUUAUGAAGAAUUUGAACCAGAUGCGUUGGCUUGUCGUGAACAAAUAAAGCCAUUACUAAAAGAUUUAAAUAAGGUUCAAGUAGAGUGUAAAAUUGUCAGUAAUCUCCUCUGUUCAAAAGACGACCAUUACUUCGACGUGAAAAUGACAAAUGCACAAAACGCCACUGUAACUAUAGAUCAAGUUAUAAAGCGUCUUAAAUUAUUAUAUACAUUAGUUAAAAGAAUUAAUUGUGUAAUGAAUCCCAAAAACGAUGACGAUUUCUAUGAGGAGCCAAUAGACAAUAGAACCCAAACGUUUGAUUUUAAAAAUGGCGAAACCUAUGUUAAUUCACCCAAGAAAUUGAAUAAUUUAACUCGGAGUAUCUUUGCAAGGACCAAUAUAAGGCCGUCUACUGGAAAAUUCCCUUUGGGUGUUCUCACCAAGCAUAUGAAAUUGAAACAAAACAAAGAUCUAAGUUUCUCACUACAGCUGGAUGAACUGUGUAAUAUAUCAGAAAUUAAUAUUAAACAUCGAGAACGUUCCAUUUUAUAUCAUACGCCAUUAAAAAACCGUUCUCUAAGAAAAGCUGUGCUUAGCAAAUGUACUGAAAGUUAUGCGAAUAGACAAGCAAAGAUAGAUGAAAGUGUGGUUUCGGAGAAAGAGAGUCUAAUAGAUGUCACUACGAGUCUGCAAAUAACAGAUGUUCUCAAUCAGAUCAAUGACCUCACAAAUAACAUAACGAGAUCGAAGCGACCUUUCAACUCUACUGUUAAUAUUGUAAGAAAUAAAAAUAACGACGAGUUAAAGAGCAAUGUUCUAAGAUUGACCGUUAACGAUUCGAAAUUCAAAAAUAUAGAGAACAUAAGCGACGAUUCGAAAUUCAAAAACAUAUGGAACAUAAGCGUUAACGAGAGCGUCGGCGCGAAUGUCAGCCAGCCGUCUGAUGUGAACACUUUGGAGAGGAUAAAUGAUUUGGAUUUGGUUGAGAGUAGAUUAAGCGAUUUGAAAUCUCAUAUAGAGACUAGUCUA